CUUCUUUAGCAUACUCUCUCUUACAUAUACACUUUCCCCAUUGGGGAGGUGGGUUGAGGUUUGUGAGUGUGCGUGCGUGUGUGUGUGUGAAGAGUGGAGGAAGUGAAAGUGUGAAAUAUUUAGAUUGUGUAAAGAGUUUCAGUCAGUCUGUCUGCACAGUCGUGAUGAGUUCAACUAUCGGUUUUCCUUUCUGCCUUGUGCUGGUUUUGCUCUGCUAUAAUGCAGCAACUAGCGUGCGUUUAAACUGUUGUUUGAGGACCAGCAAGAGCAGCAUACCUAUAAAGAGAGUUGUGGAUUAUAGAGUCCAGCAACCAGGAAUUUGCCCUAUCGAAGCCGUUAUUUUGGUCACUGUAAAAGGCAAAAGGAUUUGUUGUGAUCCCAACACGGAAUGGAUCAAAAAGACUAUGAGAAAGGUGGACCAGAAGAAGCUGAGAAAACAAAACUCUGAUUUAAAAGCAUCGCCAAAUCCAAACAACAACAUAAAUCAGAGAAAAAGACGCAGACAGAACUAAACAUAAGUAAAAAGUGAUAGUUUUAGUUUCAGUAAUGUAAAUUUGGACCUGUGUCAGCUGAUAAAAACACUGUAAAAAUGUUAAUACUUUCUUAUCAUUAACAGUUUCCAUAUGUUGUGUUAUUUUUGUUUAUUUAAGAUUGUGAUUUGCAUUAUGGGACAUUUAUCUUUGCUCUGUCGAUUUUUGAUGUUGAAAAUUCAACUCUACAGUUUAAUAAAGUGACUUUUAUUGACAUUUUAAAAGUUUAAAGUAAUGUUUAAGAAACAGACAAUUAAAUCUGUAAAAUAACAGAAAAUCUACUGGCAGUUUAUUACAAGGUUUUUGGUCUGUAAUAUAAAACAUCAUCCCAAAUGUGCACCUUAACUAUUAAAAAUGUUAAUAAGAGUCACCUUUUCAAACUCUUUAAGGUUAAAAGUUGUCAGAAGAAAGAUCAAGGUCCCAAAAUGCAAUUUAAAAGCAUACAAAAAUAGGAAAAAAUACAAAUAUGAGUCACAAAAUACGGAAAAGUGUUAAGUUUACAGAUAUUUUUUAUGCUGUUAGUCCAAAAUUAAAUUCAUGACCUUUUCACGCUGAAUGUAGAUGUUCUCUCUCUUUCUGUCUUUUGAAAUACAUUUAUUCUGGGUCACAGAUUUUAUCAAGAAUAUAUUUUUGUAAUUUGUAUUCAUUAUUUUUACAAUUAAAUAAACAUAUUUACAACUGUAAAA